AUGGAUCCCAACAUGAAAAUACCCGUCGAGGUGAAUCCCGACGAAGACACUGAGUGGAACGAUAUCCUCAGGGCGCAUGGAGUCAUACCGGAAAAGCCUCCGUCUCCAACGGAACAAUUGGAAGAAGCAUUGGACGAGGCGUUGAAGAAACAGCACGACAAUCGAUUAGAGAACAAAGACUUGGAUGAAUUAGACGCGUUGGAAGACGAAGAAGACGAGGAGUUUUUGAACUUUUACAAGCUGAAGAGACUCAACGAGAUCAAAAAACUAGCAGAAAAGCAGAAGUUUGGGCUGGUGUUGCCAGUGAGCAAGAGCGAGUAUGCAGACGAGGUCACAAAGGCGUCACACGAAACUUUUGUCGUCGUUGAGCUAUCCUUGCAAUCCAGCCUACAGAGCAGGCUCCUUUACUCGCUCUUGGUUCAAUUGGCUGCGAAAUUUCCAGAGGUGAAAUUCUGCGACAUACCUGCUCAAAGGUGCAUUGAGAACUACCCCGAGUCCAAUUGCCCGACCUUGAUUAUAUACCACAACGCCAACGUCUUGAAGCAAUACAUCACCCUCACUCAAUUGGGCGGCAACUCAACUACGAUUGAGGACUUGGAAAGAGUUUUGGUCGACGUUGGAGCUGUCAAAGAUACAGACAAGAGGUUGGUGAUGAAUGACGACGACGAAGAUGCACGAGAAGCAAGAAAAUUGAGAUUUGCUAAGAAAUCACUUCGAAAUGACAAUGAUGAUGAUGAUCACGACGAUGAUGAUGACUUUUAUAAUUAG